AUGGGUCCGCCUCUGCGUCGCAUCGUUGUGCUAUGCGUGUCUGCGACCCUACUCCUCCUAGCCUUUCGUCAGUUGGGCGCUCGCGACGAGUUUCCCUCGCCAACCUUUACAUCUUCGAGCAAGAUUGAGCAUUCGAUACAAUGGAAUCAACUUUCCAUACGAUACCCGGUUCCGUCCAUGAUUGCCCUUCCCAAGGGCACACCUCUCUCCAUACCCAAGAUACAGCAUGAAUUUGGAAUCGAGACGGAACACAACAAGGCUCAACGGCUUCGCAGACGCGCAGCCGUCAAGGAUGCCUUCUUGCACACUUGGGAGGGUUACAAAAAGUACGCAUGGCUGCAGGACGAAGUCACUCCCGUCACAGGCGGUUUCAAAAACAGCUUUGGUCAGCGUGGCGCCUCUCUGGUAGACGCCUUGGACACGCUUGUCAUCAUGGGAUUGGAAAAGGAAUUCGAGCAUGCGGUCAGGGCGAUGAAAAAGAUAGACUUUACAACGGCAGGCCUGCAGAAAUUAAAUGUUUUUGAGACUACCAUUAGAUAUUUGGGAGGCCUCUUGAGCGCCUACGAUCUCAGCGGCGCAAAGCACCAUGUCUUGCUCGAUCGAGCUACUCAGCUUGGUGACAUGCUGUAUGCAGCAUUUGACACGCCAAACCGCAUGCCCAUUACACGAUGGGACUGGGAAAAUGCUGCUCUCAACGGCCCCCAAUCCGCCGACUCGCAGUGUCUUAGUGCUGAACUUGGAUCCUUGACCCUGGAGUUUACGCGCUUGUCGCAACUCACAGGCAAUCCAAAGUACUAUGAUGCUGUGCAGAGGAUUAGCGAUCUUCUUGAAAAGCAUCAAAACAAUACCAAGCUACCCGGCCUGUUUCCCGUCUUGGUCAGCCCGCUACGCGAGGAGUUCAACACGGGCGAAACCUUCACCAUGGGGGGCAUGACGGAUUCACUAUACGAGUACUUUCCAAAGCAAUACUUGCUACUGGGAGGGCAUGCAGACCAGUACAGGAGAUUAUACGAAGCUGCCAUGGAGCCCGCGAAGAAGCAUUUAUUCUUUCGUCCGCUCAAUCCCAAUGACCAAGAAAUUCUCGUCGCUGGUGACGCGCGACUUAGCUCAGCCGGCACUGUCAAGCUCGAGCCUGAUACUCAACAUCUCUCUUGCUUUGCUGGCGGCAUGCUUGCUCUUGGAUCCAAACUCUUCAAUCGAACAGAGGACAUGGAGGUUGCUCGCAAGCUCGUCGACGGCUGUGUCUGGGCAUACGAUGCAAUGCCUACUGGCAUCAUGCCCGAGACGUUUAGAGCUGUGCCUUGCAACGGCGAGGAAGAUUGCAAAUGGAACGCAGAGAAAUGGCAUGCAGCUGUAAAGUAUUCUUAUUCGAGCGACUACAAUGCGCUCCGGUUGGAUGUUCACGACAUCAUCAAAGCAGAUGGACUGCAGUCAGGGUUUGCCAAGAUUGGGGAUCCGCGAUUCUUGCUCAGGCCCGAAGCCAUUGAAUCGGUUUUUGUCCUCUACCGCAUCACGGGCGAUUACUCCCUCCAGGAUACUGCCUGGCGCAUGUUUGACGCCAUCAACACUGCCACCAAGGCUGAAUUUGCGCAUUCGGCCAUUGCCGACGUGACGGUUCCCAAAGGCCAAGAGACUCGAAAGCUGGACGAGUGUGAGAGCUUUUGGAUGGCAGAGACGCUCAAGUAUUUUUACCUCGUUUUCAGUGAGCCCGAGCUUGUCAGCCUGGACGACUACGUCUUUAACACAGAAGCGCAUCCAUUUCGUAGGCCACGUGCAUCGUGA